UGACUUCUUCUCUACUCACUCACUCUAUUUAAUUUCUUUUCCUUUUCCUUUUAAAUACCUUAGACCUGAGCUAAGUUUCAGUACACCAAUCCUUAUAGUUGUAGCUGCCGUCUCACUCAUAAGUCAUAAUUUCCCCUUCUUAUCAUGAAUAAAAUAGUGCUGCAAGUGGAAUUACACGAUGACAAAAUAAAGAAAAAAGCAUUGAAGGCAGUCUCUAAUAUUUCAGGGGUUGAGUCAGUUUCUUUGGAUAUGAAGGACCAGAAAUUGACCUUAACAGGAGACAUAGACGUUGUGCAUGUAGUGGGAAAGUUAAGGAAGCUGUGUCAUCCUAAGAUACUAUCUGUUGGACCAGCCAAGGAGCCUAAGAAAGAAGAGAAAAAGAAGCCUGCAGAGGAGAAAAAGGAUCAAAAUAAGAAUUCAGCAGCACCUGGUUUUGUGAAGGUUUGUGAAACCUAUCAUUAUCCUAUAAUGAUGGGACAACCACAUUACUAUUACACCAGUGUGGAAGAGAAUCCUAGUGCAUGUGUCAUAUGUUAAGUUUUAGAUUAUUUGAAGAAAAAAGAGUACAUUGUUGUUGAGGAGUAAUCGAAAAAAAUGUUAUUUGUUUUUCUUUUGUUUUCUUCUUCAUGUUAUCUUUCUUUUCAUAAGGGUUUCCUUGCAAUUUAGAUUGUAAGAAGCUGAGUUAAUUAGUACUGAUGGAAAGUAAUGUUAUGUGUUUGAUAUAUAUGUGAGUAUUUUUGUUUUGAGGGAUUGAAAGGUGAGUAUGUUACGUUGAUUCUAUAAUAUGAGGACAGUUAUGAUAAGGACGUGACUCAUACCAUAAAAACGACACAUUCAACAAGCACAAGUUUAGAAUCAUUUGUUGAUGCUCCAAGAUGUAACUUUUGUAUCAUGAUAAAUUUACUGCGAUAAUUCUAAAUUCGCUGCAAAUGACAAUAUAAGCCAAUUAUCACUAUCGA